AUGUACAGGCGAUCAUCGACGGCCCGAGGGCGAGCCAUAGAUCUGAUAACUUCCUGGUGCGUGCCAAUAAUUCAAGUGGUGAUUUGGCAUCGUGAGCAGAAGUCGAUAGAGGAAAGUGGCAGCCGAGACCAGCUCCUUCGCUGGCCGGCAGUUGAGAGAAGAGAGCAAAACUCCAUUAUGGUGGUGGUUGGUGGGGGUGGUGGCACCAAGUGUGGAAGGUGGAAUCCAACCACCGAACAGGUUAAAGUUCUGACUGAUCUGUUCAGGUCUGGACUCCGAACCCCUAGUACUGAUCAGAUCCAAAAGAUCUCUUCGCAGCUGAGCUUUUAUGGUAAGAUCGAGAGCAAGAAUGUCUUUUACUGGUUUCAAAACCAUAAAGCUAGGGAAAGACAGAAACGUCGCAGGGUUUUGGUUGAUGAACGAAAUGAGAUACACCGAGAAGACAAAGUUGCCACAGCAAAACAUUUUGGAGAGAUAAAUCAGGUUUCGGAGCCUGAAAGAGUGGUUGAGACCUUGCAACUCUUUCCAUUGAACUCAUUCAGCGAAUUGGAAUCAGAGAAGCUGAGGUUUUUUGCGAAGGAAGGAAAGGAGAAUACGUCGUUUUCUUAUAGUUUUGGGGCCGAUAUGAAUCAUCCACCAUUGGAUCUGCGUUUGAGUUUCCUGUAAACAAUGCUUAGAAGGAAUCUUAAUAUAAUUCUCUAACAUUUCAUGUUAUGAUUCGAAGAUCAGCUCUUAGGUUAGCAAGAUAAAAAAAGAAGAAGAAGAAAAAUAUUAGAACUUGGUAAAGUGACGGAGAAAGAUUCUGUAGUGAGUUGU